AGUCAUGGAUCACUGACGUAGGAUAUGCGAAUACUGCAGGGCAGAUAUCGUCGCUGUUUCGUGGAUUGUAAACGCAGGAUGAGUUCGAUGUCGAACUAUGGAGCUUUACGAAUUGAUUGAUACUUACUAAGGAAGAUUUAGGCUGCUCUGUAAAUAGCCGAUAAUUAAUAUAUUAUCUACCACUUCUACUGCAAUCCGAAUUGCCCGAGUAACUCCCAGAGAGGAAAAUGCUGCUUUUCUGGCUUUACACGGUGUGGAUCCCGCUGCUAACAGUUUGUGACGGAGUUUUGUCCAGCUAUUCAGAAGACCAGUGCAGCUGGAAAGGGAGUGGUCUGUCUCAACAGCCUGGCAGUGUGGAACAAAUCUCCCUGCACUGCGCCGAGGGGUCCCUGGAGUGGCUGUACCCCAAGGGGGCGCUGCGGCUCACUCUGUCCCCUCGUCUGCCCUCCACAGCGGUGGGCCCGGGGGCCGGUGGGCCCGGUGGCUCUGGCCACGUCACCGCCUGUGUAAAACCCGCUGAGAACUUCCUCGGGGCCCAGCUCUACCUGGAGCGAGACGGCGUCCUGGAGCUCCUGGUGGGUGACCGGCCAGAUUCCCCCAGGCCGCCCCGGGUGCGCUGCUUCAGCCGGCAGCCCGGGGAGAAGGUGGCGCUCUUCCUGCAGGCCACCCCGCAUCAGGACAUCAGCCGCCGCAUCGCAGCCUUCCGCUACGAGCUGAGAGGGGUGUGGAACGCGCGCCUGUCCUUGGACUCCGACCCUGUGAACAAUGAAGGCGCCUGCAGACCCUGCAAUGACACUGAGAUUCUGAUGGCUGUCUGCACCAGUGACUUCGUGGUUCGGGGGAACAUUCGCUCUGUGGCCGAAAACGAGGACCUGCAUGUUUCUGUAAUCAAAGUCAGCUCAACCCGGGUGUUCCGACAGAAGUACGCCCUGUUCUCGGGGGCGGGGCGUCUGACCAAGGCGGGUGAGAUCCGCACCCUGCUGGAGUGCGGCGUCAGGAAUGGCGCCGGAAGCUUCCUCUUCACCGGCAGGGUUCACUUUGGAGAGGCGUGGCUGGGCUGCGCACCGCGGUACAAGGACUUCCAGCGAGUCUACAGUCUGGCCAAGGAAGCCAGACAGAUCCCCUGCGAGCUGGCGUCUGACUGACCCCUGCCCUUUUGCGUCCGCCAACCGGGAUCAGGGUGAGAAUGAACCGUGGGUGUGAACCGCUCCAGUGUGGCCCGCGUCGCCACAGUCUGGCAAGAGAGGAAGUCCAUGGUCACAUGGUGGAAGUCUCCUGUGUCUCACCCCAUUGGGCCCUUUGAUGUUUCUCACUGAAAGAUAAUGGGGAGGGACAGAAAUGGACGCUUUCGACAUGUUCCCAACGAGAAAUUCUCCUUCUGCUGAGCCCCUCUGAGAACCAGACAUAAAAAAAAAAAACCCAUUUCAGGUGAAGAGCUAUGAAGUUCUGACUUGCUGGGUUGUCCUCCAGUAAUGGACAUCAGAGUAUUGACAGAUACUCUCGUGUUCAGGAGGAAGAGCUGCAGUUUGGCUGGCAGGCAAGACAUUUCUAGAACCUUUUUGGAUAAUAAGAGAAAAUGAGAAAUGAGAAGAGAAAACAUUGAAGCUCACCACCCAGUAAACUAGCUACAUCUUCCACAGGUUACGCUCUGUGGCAAACAGGUCAAAGUACUCAGGAAAUAGACGACUUUGGUAUGUUUAUUAUAUCACCUUUGGAUGUGUACUGCACUGUUUAUAUCUGUGGGUGUCCACUAUGUUAUCCACCGACCAAAGCCCAGCUCAUUCCAUGAUGCGAGGCUGGCGUGUUAGAGAACAUUUUAAUUGUUUCAUGAGAUUCUUGAGUUUUUCAUGCAAAUUUGUUUUGAAACGGUCUAUCUUAACAUCUAAGAAGGUUUGCAGGAAAUCGUUCUUUCAUUGUUUUAUGAAAUGGUUGAGAACUGACACAUAAGUAAGCAACUCUCACCCCCUUGUACUCCAAUAUCUAAUUUCUGUAUUUGAGAGGACAAUGAUUUAUACUCAGA